AUGAAUUUAUCAAAACAACAAGAGGAAACUCCUAUCAUUUAAAAAGGGAUUCAACUCACUAAGUAAGAGAAAGUAAGUGAAUUUAGAUAUAAAAUGAAUAGAUUUAUCAUUUUGAUAUGUUAUCUUGGGCAUCUGCUGGUGCUACUUUAGUGUCAAUAUGGUAAAUAAUAAUACCAUUUACACUUUUUUCUUUGAAUAAACCACAAAUAAUAUUGGGAAUCACUAGUAUAUUUUUACUCUUGAUCAGUUUAGUAGUUUUGUAUUGGAGUCAUAAAGGAUAUAAUUUUUAUAAGAAAGUAAAACAUAAAAUUUAAAUUUUAGGAUAAAACAGAUGAAUAAAUGCCUUUAUAAGCUUGGCAUAUUGAGGGUUUGAUUUAUGUUAUAAGUUUCAUGUUAAUAGCAUUAUAUGCAAGUUGUUUUUUUGGAAUUUUAGAGAAUGAAGGGUAUUCUUGGGCUUUAAUGGCUGCUUAAGGAGUUCCAGUAAAUACAGCAUAGAAAGAAGCUUUUAUAAUUGUGUUAUCCUAAUUAAUACUAAUAAUAGUAGAUUUAGUACUUUUGGCAUAUUAUGCUAAAGUAUCAUAUCAUUUAGAAUUUUAAGCAAUGCAUUUGCCAUCUUUAUUAGGUUGGUUUUUGACAAUGUAAGAUUAUAAAUUAAUAUUAACAAGAUUUAUUUUUAUGUGUUGUAUUACAAUAGGAGAUACAAAUUAUUUACCAUCAAAAUUAGGUGGGUUAGUUGAUAAAGAAAGUAUGGAGAAUGCUAAAGGAGCACAUACAUCAAUUUUUUGGACUUGUUUGAUAGGUUUAAUAUUUUCAUUAUUUACAUUGAUUGAAUAAAGAUCAAUAUAACAGGAAGUAUUUCCAAAAGUGAAAUUCUAUUUCUUACCUUUCCUUUUAAUAAUGGUGGCUAGUGUAUUUUUGAUUUCAAAUUCAUUAAACUUCUUAUAUGCAUCAAGUCAAUCCAUAUAAGAAUUAAAAAAGGAUUGUAAAUCAACAAUUUAAACAUUCUCAUAGUCAUAUAUAGAUUCUAUAGGAUGUCCAGCUAAAUACAAAACAGUGAAUAUUUAAGGUAGUAACUAUUUUGAUAUGUAUUGUUCAUAAGAUGAAGUAGGAAUAGUAUGGGAAAAUGAAGUUGAUAAAUAAAAUUCAGAAAAAAGAAAUCAAUUAGCUUGCAUGAAUUUAUCUUGUUGUUAUUUAGUGAGUGAAGAAAGAACCUUAUUUUAUAAGCAAUAUUUUUUCUAUUCUAUUUUAACAGCUUUUUUAGGAUUCAUAGCAGCAGGUCAUUGUUUUGAUAUAGCAUUAUAAGAACCAAAUGUAAUUAAAGCUGGUCCAUCUGUUUAUUCUUAAACUUAAUAUAUUGUGUAGAUUGUUUUAGCAUUAUUUUCUAUAAUUCUUGGCAUUUAUUUAUCUAUUAAAUACAAUGAAAAAGUACCAAUAAAAAUGCCUGAUUUUAAUUAUAAAGAUUAAAUCAAUUUAGAACCUAAAUAUUUUCCUGAAUUAACAACAUUAUCAUCUAUAUCAUAAUGCCAAGAAGUUAGAGAUUAACAUAAUAAAACAUUUAAAGUUCAUUUUGAUCAUAAUGCUUGUGCAGGUUAAGCUAAAUGUUCUAGAAUGGGAUUCCAUGCUUGUUUAGAAGCAUAAAAUGGAAUCUUUUAAUUAUUGCCUACUUUUUAAGAUUAAGAAAUAGCAAUCUUUAGUAAUCAUCCUUAUGAUCCAUAUCUACUCUAAUAAGGAUUACAUGGAGAAGAAACUAAUGAUAAAUUGUGUUUUGAAGGUUUAGAAGGACCUAUUAACCAUUUGUUAAAUUCCAAAGUUUAUGUUUGUCAUACUUAAGAUAAAGAGGCUUCUGUCAAAUUCUCAACCAAAGAAAAAGAAAUUCUCUUUGAAUAAGUGAUUGAAUAUUAAGAAAAAGAUUUUGAUCAAAUUAGAACUGUUAAGUUACCUUCACCUAAUCUUUUAAAAAAAAGUCACAAAACUAUUGAUGAAACAGGUGAAGAUGAAAUUUUAGGAUAAUAUACAUCAGUUACACUUAUUGUGACAGAUGCUGAAACAUUUGAACCUAUUGUUGGAGCAACUGUUACAAUGUACUAAGAUAUCUAAAAAUGUUAAGAAUUAAAUCACAAUGUUUACUAUCCUAUAAGAAUAGUAUAGACUAAUUCUACAGGAAUGAUCAGCAUAUACAAUGUCUAAAUGAAAGAUAAAAGAUAAAUCUUUAAUCUCAUAGUUAAAUAAGAUGGAUAUAUGUUCAAUUGUUUAAUUGUACUCUCUAUAAUUUUUAAUUUAGUCUAAUCAUUUCAAGCCAUUCAAAUAAAAUGUAUAUCGUAUUCCACUUGUAAAAUCAAUAAAUGAUCAAUAAGAAAUGAAGAUGAUACUUUGGCAUUAAAAUCCAAAACUAAAUUUAGAAUUAGCUGCAAAUGUUCUCCUUAACAAAAAUUUGCAAUGUAGUAUCGGUUUUUUCUUUUCAGAAUGUUCUUUUAUGAAAUUCACCUCUCAUCCAAAAAGCUAAAAUUAAAUCUCAAGAGUCAUUACUAUAGAAAAGAUUGUAAAAUUUAAUUACAUCUUCUUUGUUCGUCAUCUCCCAAUAAAUUCUGAUAUUAUAGAGGUGGUUAAUAACAAAGGGUUAUCUUUAGUGGCUAAAUUAUAAGCAGAAUUACAAUAAGAAAUAGUAGAAUUUUAAAAAUCUUAAGCAAAAAUUUCAGUUUAUUCUAAAAAAUAUCCUUAUCCAUAAAUUUAUGAAAUGCCUCAUACUCUACAAACUGAAAUUGAUACUACUCCUGAUUUACUUAUCUGGCUCUCUUUCUGUAUGAAUGGUAGAAUUGGUCCAGAAUCUAGUACAGCUAUUAAUCACUUUUGGGAAAAGAAAGAUGAAUCUAAAUUUUGGUAAAGACAUACUGUCUAAACAAACACUUUACCAGAUUCUUCUAUUUGUGACAAAAUGUAUAAAUUAUAAUAAUGA